CAUAAGAAAUAUUGAAAAGAAAGCAAAAGCCGGCUUAAAAAGAAAAAAAAAUUACUAUUUAGGAAUUGAUAUUAUUUUAACUCAAGAAGCUAUUAUUAUACCAAAUGAGUGGAAUUGAAACAGUUCACCAAUGUUUGUUUUGUCCACAAACAUUUGGCAGUGGAGCUGAAAAAGACGACCACGUUCUGGACCAUUUUGCUCACGAGACUUGUACCGACUGCAAUCAAAAUUUGAUUCGAAUCGGUGCAAAUUUGUACACUCUACACACUGCGGUGACAUGCAUCAAGAUGGAAUUGAAAUCAGAGGCUCCAAUUGAAUCGAGUGCAAUCGAGCAAGUUACUACCAAUGAUGAAAGUCCACCAGUGUACGACAGAGGUAGUUGCAAUGAAGAUGAGCCGAUGCAGUCUGUUUGCACAUUUCCGGAUUUAGAUUCCAUAGAAGUAGAGAGAGUUGAAGUCAAACUAGAGUUAAAAACAGAGAAUGAAGAACCAAUUGAGUGUCUGAAUGAAAAUAUUUCACCUGAAUGCUCAGAUGGUUCGAAACAACACAUUGAAAAUAAAUCAAUGAAUUCAACACGAAAGAAGAAAAUUUCUGUAAAAAUUCAACCGCCAUCGAAUCUUCAAAAAAGAAAAAAGCAAUCGAAGCGGAAAAAGACUGUUUCUGGGGGCACAGGUGCAAAGAUAGUAAAGAAAAAAUCACAAGAAAAAACCAAUGACAAUGAAGAAAGCCUUGAAUGUCAUAUUUGCGGGAAAAUGCUUAGUUGUAAAUACGCGAUGCAACGGCAUAAAAUGGUGGUGCACAAGACUUUGGGUGAAAAUUGUUGUAAUAUUUGCAUAAAACUGUUCUCAACAGCAGAAGAUUUGGCCGAACACAAAGCGAACUGUAUGCGAAAACGUCGACAAUCAAAUACUGCGGUGCGAUUUGAGUGUGACAUUUGUGGUGCUAUACUGAAGAAUAGAGCCGUUUUACGUAUGCAUAUGCGGUUCGUUCACAGUCCCUCGUGUAAACAAUUUAAAUGCACACUAUGCGAGUCGUCGUUUGUACAGCAGAAGUUACUUGAUAUUCAUCAUAAUCGAAAACAUCUCGAUAUUAAGGAAUACGUAUGCAGCACCUGUGGUAAAAGUUUCAAAACAAAAGACCAGCUUAAAAGUCACACAAAUAGUCAUACUGGGGAGAGACCGUUCAAGUGUACUGUCGAUGGAUGUGAAAAAGGUUUCAAAACGCGAUCCAAUCGAGAGAGUCACAUUCGAACACACGCGGGAGGAAAACGAGUUCAAUGCGAAGUCGAAGGUUGUGGUCGACAAUUUACAUUCGAAAUCGAUCUUAGAAGGCAUAAGUACCGAUCACAUGGCAUUUUUAUUAAGAAGUAUUCAUGUUCGAUUUGUAGCGAAAUUUUCCCGGAGAAUUCUUUUUUGAAAAAGCACAUGCUCAAGCAUCAUGUUCAGCUUUAGUUGAAAAUAUGAAAAUUUAUUAGAAUAAAAGUUUUAAUAAUUUUUUUAGAUUAAGUAAACAGUUGAUUAUAUGAAAACAUUCUUCGUGAUAUGUUAUAGAAUAAAAUUUAUAUGAAUUGUUUAUUCCUAUCGCGGAUUUGUAUUUUUACGAGCUUAAAGUGACGCUAUAAUUUAUUUGAUGAAAAAUAAUCUAAAGCUAAGGAAGUGUCACCCGGAUUCGAAACAUCCUCUACAGCGUUCUUUUGGUAUUUUUGCAAAGAUAACAUAUUAAUAACAUUCAAUUUAACCUCAUAACCAA